AUGCGUCUUGAUCUCAUUUUCCUAGUGGGCUUGGCUGGGCCAUCAGCGGCAGUUCCCUGUCGCCUGAAGAGCUACAUCAGCUUCCGAAGGUCAUGGUCAUCUGCUUCUACCAGGCUGAACAGCGUACUCGCUGAAUUGCCCACCAUCUAUCCUGGUGGAGGAACCGUCCCUCCUGGAGUAGUAGCCUCUACCACCAGUACCGUUACUGUGUCUGGUACAAGCUCCUCUGACAACGAAGCUCUUGCUACCUCGACAGCCUCAGCCGGACCAGUCACCUCCGGAUCAACAUCAACACCAAUAGCUGUAGUCACUGCAACUUCUACCCUUACCACUAGCGUUACUCCCUCUUCUGGUGACGUCGAGAGUGGCAGCGCUUCUGUUUCAGCGGCUUCUUCGGCUGUAAACCCACGCGCAACAACAACCACCACAACCAUUACGACAACCAGACCAGCUUCAACCGCUGCAGCCGCCCCGGCCUUCACCACUGAAGGCCCUCAUCACCACCACGCCGAUCCUUCUGAUCGUGAAGCAGACACAUCUGACCAUGAUUUGGAUCUCAGCGAUCGUGAGGUUAACACGAUUGAAAAGCCCAAGCUGCUCCGUCGUCACAAAGAAGAGGAAGAUAAGGAGUUGCUUCUUAAAGACAAAGAGAAGGAAGUGCUAUACCUCGAGAGACGGUGCGAGAGGCUGUGGAAAACGGCACAUAGAUGGGAAAGAGUGUUACACCACAACGCCACAGAUUUUCAAAGGGCAAUGAUCAAGUUGAAGGAAAUGGAAAAUAGACUCGAGGAGGCACGGAAAGCCCUUGAGGGGAAGAGGCUCGUUUUGAAACAUGUCUAUUCGGUGCACAAUCGAGCUCAUAGUUACGCACGCAUACAACAAAAAUGGUUGGAUGACGCCAAGAAGGAGCUUGAGAGGGCGCAGAGGGAGAAGGCGGCGAGAGAGGUACAGGGCCUGAGCCAUGAGGAGAUCCUUCGCAAAGAAGAUUUUGGGAAACAUGCUUCGAGCCACAACCCUAAGAAGCGUUCGGAAUCCAAAAACACCGAAGAGCAUGACAAGCAUAAGCAGAAGGAGGACAAAAACGAGAAGGAUAAGGAUAAAGACGAAAAGAAGCACGAAAAUGGCAAGACACACAAGCACGAUAAGGAAGACAACAAGACCGAUGCUGUCAAACAAGAGGAUACUGACAAAGCCGCCCUUGAGAAGUACGAAGACAAACUCUAUGGGAAAAUUGGAGACCAAAUCGAGGAGAAACUCGGAGACAAAGGUCACCACUCACCCAUUGAGAAGGGGGGAAAUCCCAUCUACGUGAUCACAAAGGAGUACAAGGUCUACAAGUGCGACGACAAGAAGGGCUGCAAGCAAAAUUAUGGUCCAGAAGAGGAAGUUGAGGAAGUUGAAGGAAAGCAACAAGCCAAAGACAAGGACGGGGAGAAGCAAGAAGAGGGUAAAGAGAAUAAAGUGGAAGGAAAAGGAGAAGAAGAAGAGAAGAAGGAGGAGGAGGAGGAGGAGGAGGAGGAGGAGGAGGAAAACAAAAUCCCGAUGCUUGCUGAUGGUGACGAGGCUGGGCAGUUGAAGCGUCUUUCAGAGCUCUACAUGCAAUACCGUGGCAUGCUCGUCGAGGCUAUUCGCAAGGACCUCGACCCGAUCCUCAAGGACGAUCAGUAUCCGGAGGAUACUCAGAUGGCGGCGCAGCAUAAGGAAGGGGACGAAAAGGAGCAGCGCAAGCGAUUGAGCCAUCUUUACAUGGGCUAUCGCUACAUGCUUCUUGAAAAGUUCCAGAAGAAGCUCGAUCCUAUUCUUCAUGAAAAAAACCAGAAGAUCAACUGA